UAUGGAGCUCUUUCCAAAAACCGGCGAGGCACUUUCGCCCCGUGGCGCUGAUCUUCUAGCGGAUGCAGCUUCCCAGUCCCGCACGAGCAGCGCCAGUCCCUACCGGUCUCAAUUUGAGCAGUGUCUUUAUGGCAACUGUGCCGACGCUGGUGCAGGAAUGCGCAUUCCUUUCGGAUUUGCCACGCGAAAUUAUGGGCUUCUUUCAUUUUUUUGUAGAUAAAUUGAAAUAGCGCGUGAGCGCUUCUACCUGUUCACCUAUUAAGGCUAAGACUGGCUUGCUUGAUGCUUGUUCUUUUUUGAUUAAUCUUUUUGAAAAAGCAAUCAAUCUAAAUCUACGUAAAAAAUUGAACAAAAUGGAGCAAGAAAAGAUAAAUGUUGUCGCCGACGCAACCAAAGGGUAUCUAUCUUGUUCUUCUAUUUCUAUCUACUUCUACUUGCUGCAGUAUUUUUUUUGAUUUUGGUGUAGAUGCAUGCUUCAUAAUUUAGCUCGUGGUAGCACCGGGGCGCACAAAGCUUACGCGAACGCCUUCGAGUCUUUGCUUGGUGCAUUUGAGUGGAUCUUUACGAACGACUGGGAGGGACGGUUGCAAGACGAGACGUUGCGGAUUCGAGGCCAUGAAAAGCAAGUGGAGAAAAACCUUGAAGAACUCGAAGCCUGGCUCGAAGGAUUACAGCGCACAGCUGCACCUUUGCAGGAGCGUUCUCCCACUGCAGCCAGUGACAAGGACAACGAUCCACAUCGUGACUGUACUGGAAGAACUGCUGCCUUGCUAGUUGCCACAGAAGCGAGUCAGGACAUCAAUAGCAGAAGCAGCGGCGAGUCUUCUUGCUCACCUGCUAUCCGCAUUAAAGAAAAAGUGUCAACAUGUUGUGACUCGUUGAAAAGCCGUGGCGACAUCACGAAGAACCCGACUCAGGCUAACGAAAGUGCGCCUUCUGAUAUAAAGGCACGACUUCCGCCUCCGCAACGUGCUCAAGACCAAUGCCACUCCAGCACGAAGGCCCCCCUUUCAUCUGAGUCAGAGAGCCAAUUGACCAGCACCCGUCUGCAAAAUAUUGGGUCCGUCUUACUCUCAGACUCAGGCUCUCUUCAAAAUAUUCCACCCGGGGAGGCGGAUUUAGUUUUAGCUCGCUGGGAAAGGCAAAAGCUGCACUGGGAACAGCUCGAGUUUGAGAAGAAGGCCUUGCAGAAAAGGUACAGGCUGGGGCUAUAGUAGAUCCUCGACUAAACAGAGAUAUAGCGAAGAAGACUUUGAAGAAGCAUCUUUACAUGAUCUACAACUACUACUACAUCUACGAAAAGCCAUAAAUGAUUACGAUUUCAAUAACAGAGUAGUUUAUAGCACGCAUGGAGUAGCAUGGAGUGCAUGGAGCGCAGAGCUUUAAGGGGCGCAAGAAGCUCCCCCUUUAGCUCCAUGCUACUCCAUGUGAUCCAUGCACUCCAUGCCAUGCGAGCUGUGGAGCCUUAUAUUAUAAAUUGCUCUGCCAUAAGAGUAAUAAAGUAUGAAGAUGUUAAAGAGGACAGCAGGUGAACGUGAAGAAACGAACAAACAACUUUCAUGUCUUUUUGACUUUGCUCGUCCACAUCGCAGUAAAUCUAAAAAAUUCACCAUUUCGCAGCAAAGUAAUCGGCAGCGAUGACGCGAAGAACGCUCAUAGAAUUUUCGAGGAGUCGAGGCAAAUCGCGGGAUACGCGCAGAUGCUUGCACAGGGCUUAGCGUUUGACCUGGUUUCGUCCGGGAAAAUACGAGAUGAUGCGUUUAUGGAGCCUCUGCUCCGUGAUUCUGAGAAACAUAUCUGCGAGCUUCGUGACAGUCUCAAGGAUGAGCUGAAUGCUAAUGCUGACAUCUACGAGGAAACCCUGUGUAGUCGCGCUGUGCCCCAACUAGACGGCAAGCUUGGUUACGUUUUUUGGUUCGAAAGCUACACGCAAAAAGUCCAAGACUGGGUGCGAAAGCGUCGAGAAACAAGAGAAAAUGAUAGCAAAACGACAAAGGAAAUCUACACACAGCGGCGAGAAUGGAUGCUUGAAGAAUCCAUCGAUGAAUCUAAAUACUGAUCCUUCUUGAGACGAACAGUUGUUUCUGGAGGCGCACCUGGAUAGCUUUGCCGGGAGCACUUUUGAGCACUGGAGAAGAGAAUGGUUAUAUAUGGUUUCGGCAAUGCCUCUUUGCGAACCAGCUGUGUGACGCCCCACGACGGGAUGACCUGUGCACCAUCCCUCGGGCCGCCCAUAAAUACUCUCCUCGUCCAUAAGGUGGGCGACGAAAUUUACUCUACUACAUAUUUAUAUAUACGUUUCGAAAUGCACCAUACAACUGUUACUAGUAAACUAGUACAUUCAGACGCAUAAUCAUGUUCAUGUUGCAUACGUCGGACUUGUGUUUCCAAUCUCUAGCUUGCCGCGCCAUAUGUCCUGCGGAAUAUAGAGACAUACAACAGCUCGAACGAAGCUCAUGACCAUGACGGCCCCAUAUUAUUUUUUAAGGUCUGAUCCCGCGGCCAAAUAAUCAUGAGAUCUUCUACCAUACCUACUUCAAGAACAGGAAGAUUAGUAAUUGCUGUACUUCAUUUCAUUCAUUUUAAGAUAAAGACCUGAUCACUUCGUAGUCCUGAGGCUCCUACCAAGAAUGAGUAUGCCAAGAAUCAGGCUCUGACUUACCGCGAAAGUGUACGGAUCAUGCUGUUCUUCUUCGGUUUCAAUCAUUAUUCCAAGAAUUUUCUUGCUGCUGCCGCGAUGUAGUCAGUUUCUUCACGACUAUACUCAUUAUGAAUGAUGGUGUUAGUCGAUUCUGAUCGGACCUGCUCAUUAUUAACUAACAGGAUAUCCAAUGAGUUCAAAACUCAAAAGGGAAAUAGAAU